AUGGAUAGCGAUAGUAGCAGCACUGAUACAGAAGAAUUCGAGGCACAACGACGUAUCGAUCAACGUAUCACUUUUCGUCCUCGACCUCAAAGCAAUGGUGGUGGCAGUGGUCGUAUUCAGAUCUCAUCUCGCCCAUCGAGCAUUGAUUCAAGAGCAACAGCCUCUUCCUUGUUACGGCAGCAGCAGCAACAACAGCCUGUUUUGUUUGAUGGAACACAUACGCCACGUAAUAUUGCUGCUAUCAGUUUCCUGCUGGGUCUUGGGGGUGGCAUAGGCGUUGCUGCAGCAUGGCUAUCAAGCACUCCUCAGAUGGGCCUCUUUUUAUUGGCUGUGGCCCUGUUCCACUUUGCAGACUAUCUUGCCACAUCCAUAUACCAGGUGCAUAAAUUGGAUCUGCAAGCCUAUCUUUUCAUGAACAAACAACACUGCUACGAAGGAUACCACGCGAUUGCAUGGCUGGAAUUCGCUAUCGAAUAUUAUCAUUUUCCAUCUUUGAAACGAAUCGGCUUAUUGAAUUAUAUGGGCUUUGGAUUGGUAGUAAUUGGAUUAUUAUGCAGAGUCCUUGCAAUCAUGUCACCGAGAUAUCAGAAUGCUUCAAAGAGUGCACAAAGGCCCUUGGAUACCAAUGGCAUAUACAGGAUGAUACGACAUCCUUAUUUCUUUGGACUCUACUGGUGGGCGAUUGGGGUUCAAAUCACGCUACUGAAUCCAGUAGGCUUGGCGAUCUUUGUGUUUAUGCUCCAUGAUACGCUCUCUCAACGCAUCAAAUUAGAAGAUCAAAACUUACAAAGGCUGUAUCAUGAUAUUUGGAACAACUAUAAAGCAGCAACACCCACGUGGUUACCAUUUAUUCCUUGA